GCGGAAAUUUUUGGUACUUAGUUGACAGCUAUAAAACAUCAAAACAAGAUUUUUGUUUCUCUCCAAAAUUGGUGAAAAACCCGUGAAAACCAAUGCAAAUAAUGGAUAUUGAUGAAGAUGCAUCAUCCAUUUGUGAGUCUACAGCAUCGCUCACGGAAGGAUGUAGACUCCCAGUCCGGAUGAAUGGGACAAAUGAUUGGCCACUGGCUGAAAUAAUUAGUGUUAAGGACAUUAUGGGACAGCAACAGAAACUCUUCUAUGUACAUUAUGUAGACUUUAAUAAGAGACUCGAUGAAUGGGUUAGUGAGGAUUUUAUGGACACGAGAAAAGUACAAUUUCCCAGAAAAGAUGGCUCAACCACAGGACAAAAUACUGGUGUUACAACACCCAAAAAACAACCCACAGUUCCCACCACGGGAAAUACUUCGAGACCCGUGAGUCCAGUCACACCCUCCAGUGAGCUCGUCAACGGAAGUGCUGUUCUAGCGGCAGCACUACAGAAAAAGAUGAACAGAAAGCGAAAGCUGAGCACUGUUGCGCAGUUAAACAUUCCGUUGCAGACAACCCCAUCCGUGGAUGUAGAAGAGAACUCCCAAGAGGGCUCACAGCAACAAACACCCCGACAAUCUGGCAGUUUAGUGGCACACCAUGAUGAUGUGGUGACAAGAAUGAAGAAUGUAGAGAUGAUUGAGUUGGGUAUACAUCGGAUAAAACCAUGGUAUUUUGCACCAUAUCCCCAGGAAUUGUGUCAGAUGUCCUGCAUCUACAUCUGUGAAUUCUGUCUAAAGUAUCGGAAGAGCAAAAAGUGUUUAGAGAGGCACAUCAACAAAUGCAAUCUCAAGCACCCGCCCGGCAAUGAGAUCUAUCGCAAGGGUACAAUUUCAUUUUUUGAAAUUGACGGACGAAAGAACAAAGUAUAUGCCCAGAAUUUGUGUCUUCUGGCUAAACUCUUUCUCGACCACAAGACUCUCUACUAUGACACUGAUCCGUUCCUCUUCUAUGUGAUGACUGAAUUUGACUCACGGGGCUUCCAUAUAGUUGGAUACUUUUCCAAGGAGAAGGAAAGUACAGAGGAUUACAAUGUUGCAUGUAUACUCACGAUGCCACCGUUUCAACGGAAAGGAUAUGGGAAGUUACUUAUUGAGUUUAGUUAUGAAUUGUCCAAAUUUGAGGGUAAGACAGGAUCACCUGAGAAGCCACUGUCAGACCUCGGACUUCUGUCCUAUCGGAGUUACUGGGCACAGACAAUUUUGGAAAUUCUACUGGCCCAGAAGCCCACCGGAGAAUUAGAAAAACCGCAAAUUACAAUCAAGUAA